AUGUUAGGACGAGCAGCGCACAACAUGGAGUGCUACAAGUUGGUGUUCUCCUUUUUGGUACUUGGGGCUUGGGCUUAUGCCGUUGAAGGAAGAGUUGUCAAUGGUCCCAGACACCAUACUAUCUUCGUCGAGCAACGUAAUAAUGAUACGAAAUGUAUUAGAAAUUCAGUGACGAAACCAAACUGCUUUAAUACCACUGACCAGUAUUUGAUACCGCAUCCCGACGACUGCCACCUGUUCUACUACUGUAUAGGCAAUCUGCCAGUCUGCAUGGAGUGCCCAGCCGGUCUCCAGUUCAACCCAUCCAAACACGUGUGUGAUCAUUCACAAGAUGCUGGAUGUGGUCGUCCACCUACUCGCGUACCAGAGGCCCCAUGA